AUGACAAGCAAGAUAAAAAACAUCGAUGAUAUACCUACAGAGAUCAAAGAAGAGAUGAUCCAACUUUAUAGUGAUCUACCCGGUUUAGAAAAGGAAUACAAGCUCAUAGACAAAAUUGGUGAGGGCACUUUUUCAUCAGUGUACAAAGCCAAAGAUAUCACUGGAAAAAUAACAAAAAAAUUCGCAUCUCAUUUCUGGAAUUAUGGUUCGAAUUAUGUUGCCUUGAAGAAAAUAUACGUGACUUCAUCGCCACAAAGAAUUUACAAUGAACUCAAUCUGCUAUACAUAAUGACAGGCUCUUCAAGAGUUGCUCCUUUAUGUGAUGCAAAAAGAGUGCGAGAUCAAGUCAUUGCAGUUUUACCAUAUUAUCCUCACGAAGAAUUUAGAACUUUUUAUAGAGAUCUACCAAUAAAAGGUAUCAAAAAGUAUAUUUGGGAGCUACUAAGAGCAUUAAAAUUUGUCCACUCAAAGGGAAUAAUUCACAGAGAUAUUAAGCCGACAAAUUUCUUAUUUAAUUUGGAAUUGGGACGUGGUGUUCUUGUUGAUUUUGGCUUGGCAGAAGCUCAAAUGGAUUAUAAAAGUAUGAUAUCUAGUCAGGGCGAUUACGAUAAUUAUGCAAAUACAAAUCAUGAUGGCGGAUAUUCGAUGAGAAAUCACGAACAAUUUUGCCCAUGCAUCAUGCGUAAUCAAUAUUCAACAAACUCGCACAACCAAACACCUCCCAUGGUCACUAUACAAAAUGGCAAAGUUGUUCACUUAAACAAUGUAAACGGCGUGGAUCUAACAAAAGGUUAUCCUAAAAAUGAAACCCGUAGAAUCAAACGGGCCAAUAGAGCAGGCACCCGUGGGUUUCGGGCACCCGAAGUACUAAUGAAAUGUGGAGCUCAAACAACAAAGAUUGAUAUAUGGUCUGUUGGUGUUAUUCUUUUGAGUCUUUUGGGUAGAAGAUUUCCGAUGUUUCAAAGUUUAGACGAUGCAGAUUCCUUGUUGGAAUUAUGUACCAUUUUUGGUUGGAAAGAACUAAGAAAAUGUGCAGCUUUGCACGGAUUAGGCUUUGAAGCUAGCGGGCUGAUUUGGGAUAAACAAAAUGGAUAUCCAAAUGGAUUGAAGGAAUUCGUUUAUGAUCUACUCAAUAAAGAAUGUACCAUAGGUACCUUUCCUGAGUAUAGUAUCGCUUUUGAAACAUUUGGUUUUCUCCAACAAGAAUUACAUGAUAGGAUGUCUAUUGAGCCGCAGUUACCUGAUUCCAAGACGAGCAUGGACGCUAUUGAUGCCUAUGAGUUGAAAAAGUAUCAAGAAGAAAUUUGGUCAGAUCAUUAUUGGUGCUUCCAAGUUUUGGAACAAUGCUUCGAAAUGGAUCCUCAAAAACGUAGUUCAGCGGAAGAUUUACUGAAAAAUCCAUUCUUUAAUGAAUUGAACGAAAACACAUAUUUACUGGAUGGCGAAAGUACUGAUGAAGAUGACGUCGUCAGUUCAAGUGAGGCAGAUUUGCUCGAUAAAGAUGUCCUUCUAAUAUCUGAAUAG